AUGGGCAAUACUGUGAGCGGCACGAGCCACCGGAUUGCCGGCGCUGCCGAGCUGCUACAAGAUCCAUCACUGCAGUAUGAAGGCAGUCUUGGAUCCUCGCGCUUCCUGCGCGCUACGCGCGUGAGGCAUGAGCACGGCUUGCUGGUCGUCAAAACGUUUCUCAAGCCCGACGCGGGCAUGCGUCUACGAGGCCUCCUGCGACGCCUCCAGCUAGAGCGUGACGCGCUGGAGAAUGUGCCCAAUGUUCUGGCGAUGCAAGAAGUGAUCGAGACAGAGGUAGCCGGCUACCUUAUCCGCCCGUGGCUUGCCUACAGCCUGUACGACCGCGUGAGUACGCGGCCCUUUCUGACGGAUAUGGAAAAAUUGUGGAUCACGUACCAGCUCGUGUAUGCCCUGCAUGCCACGCAUGAACGCAAAGUAGCGCAUGGCGAUCUGAAAUGCGAGAAUGUGCUGGUGACCUCGUCGCUAUGCGUCUACGUCACUGAUUUUGCAUCGCUGUUCAAGCCGACGUACUUGCCCCUCGACGAUCCGACCGAUUUUUCGCUGUUCUUCGAUUCGUCAGCCCGACGAGUGUGCCACAUUGCCCCUGAACGCUUUUAUGAGUCGGUGACGGAGGUGCCGUCGAGUGCGUCCGUCAAGAGGACUUCGGGCACCGAGGUGGAAAAUGUGUCGGAUGUGCUGACGUUGGAGCCGUACCACGAGAUGCUCGGGCUCGGGCGUCCUCAUGGGCGCAUUACGGAGGCCAUGGAUGUGUUCUCACUUGGCUGUGUCCUUGCCGAGCUGUGGCGCGAUGGAUCGCCGCUGUUUUCCUUGAGUCAAAUGUAUCGCUACCGCACAGGCGACUAUGACAUUCGACCCAAGCUCGACGAGAUACCGCACACGGGUGCCAGAGACAUGAUCGCGCGCAUGCUCGAGCUGCGCCCGCUGGAGCGUCCGACCUUGGAGCAGCUGUUGGCGGACACACACGUGUUCCCCGACUCGUUCUCAGCGUGCCUGCAUCUGUACUUGGUGGACUUGCAGCGCCCGUCGAGUGUGCUGCAUGAAAAAAGGCCGCCUCUCCCGUCUCUUGAGCCUGACGACCGCAUGGAAAAGCUGUACCAGGACUGGCCGACCCUCUUGGGCUUCAUAGGCGACGUGGAGCCCGUGGGCGGCGACGAUGUGUGCCUGAAUGUGUCGAUACCUGGCGUGUCGAUCCCAUGCCAUGCUCGACGACACGCGCCCGCGCCGGACUCGGAGGCGCUCUUAGUGCUCAAUGUCGUACUAGCUCACAUCCGGCAUGCGAUACGGCCGUCCUCUGUAUGCCAUGCGCUCGCCCUCAUCGUGCACAUGUCCUGGGCCUGGCUCAGCGACGAAACGCGUCUCGAUCGCGUCCUGCCGUACCUUGUGGCCCUCUUGUCCCACGCUCAUCCUCAUGUCCGCGCCAUGGCACUGCACGGCGUCGCAGCUCUUUUCGAAUGCUUGACUCACCUCACUCACGCGAAUGAGCACGUCCUGCAGGAGUGCGUAUGGCCGUGGCUGGCACCACUCGUGCGCGAUGAAUCUGUGCAUGUUCGCUGCAUGGCUGCCUCCUGCCUGGCCCGGCUCGCUCGGCAAGCCUUUCGAUUGUGGCAUGCCUCGCCUUCGCUCGAUACCGAUCUCGCCGCCCUUCGCGCGUGCCUGGGUGAGUAUCUCGGUGCUUUGGCCGUCGAUACCUCGUCCAGCGUACGCCGCGAGCUCCUGGCUCACGCGCCAUGGGCCCUGCUUGGCACGGAGCGUAUCGAGUCAGAUCUACUGCCGCACAUGCUCACCUAUCUCAACGAGGACGAUUCGCAGCUGCGCAUGUCGCUGUUCGAGGCCGUCGUGCCGAUGGCCCCUCUCGUGGAUGUCGACACAUACCUGCACCCGCUGAUGAUCCAGGCUUUCGGCGACGAGGACGCGCAUGUCCAGGCAUGCGCGUUGCAUGCGUUUGGAAUGCUGAUCGAGGUAUGGCGCCCUGUCGUGCUGUGGGAACUUGCGUUGUACGUCGCCAGUCUAUUGUGCCAUCCCAAUGCGUGGGUCCGUGAGGCAAGCAUAGACGCCCUGGUACGUGCCGCCGACACAGUGCGUGAUGCUGAUCGCUGGCUUCGCUUGUAUGCCCUUCUCCGCCCUCGCCUCGCCUGCGAUGUGGCCCGCCUUUCCAGCGCGACACUUCGCGAGCACGUCGUGCCACCUAUACCCCCGUCUGCCCUGGAGGCAUGCAUAGCCAGUGACGUGCCGGCGCCUCGCACAGACCCUGCCAAACCUGCACAAGAAGCGAUCGACGAACUCGUCUACCCACCUGCGAAGCCACCGACCGUCGACCCCGACUGGGCAGCCCAGCUUCCCCCGAUGCCUGCCGGCACAGCGCCUCAUCUCGCGGCCCUCUGGUGGUACGUAGAGAGCCGCAGGCGGUCCGCUCCCAGGACGCGUGGCAGGGGCCCAGAUGCGUCUCUCGACGGCGUGCCGCAACGUACCGUGUUCUUCACGGCACACACGACCGAUCUAGCUCCAUCUCCGUUCUCGCUGCGGACGGCCGAGCGCCGCCUACAGACCCUCGCGCCCGUACAGCUCCGGCCCGUGCCAUCCGAGGCGCCUAGCCAGGCACCUGCCGCGGUGCCUUUGUCCGAUUCGCUGCGAUCCGCACGGCGUUCGUCUGAUACGCUGUCUACGCGCUCGUUCAAGUUGCCAUUUUUGGGUAUGCCCAGUGCGACCGCACAGACGUCCACGACGCUGGUGCAUGCACAGGCUGAGCGAGCGCGCGCUGAGCGCCUCCCGGAGCCACCGGCGCCCCAAUCGCCCAUGCAUACGUACGAAGGGGUGGAUCCCUUCAUUCACGCGCACCUCCGUGCGGUGUAUCAUCAGCUUGCCAGCAUCCCUGCGGUGCAUCCCCCCACGAAGCCACGGCGUCUUGACUCGUCGAGCAAUCAGCGCCCGCAAGGUGCGUUGAUCGCCAGCUUUGGCGAGCAUCAGGGCGCUAUUACGUCCGUGUGUGUAUCACACGACCAUCUCUUCUUCGUCAGUGCAUCGAUGGACAAGACCGUCCGAGUAUGGGACACGGCGCGUCUGGAAAAGAAUGUCAACUCGCGCUCGCGGCUCACGUACGCCACGCACACGGCCCCCGUGACGUGCGUGUUGGUACUGAGUGGCACUCACUGCAUCAUGAGCGCCUCGAUGGACGGUGCGAUUCACGUUUGGGGCUUGAAUGUGUCCCUAGGCGCAUCCUUACCGCGGUACGCCAAGCCGUACAUAUUGGGCAGGCACACUUGGACCGGUGACCAUGUGCGAUGCAUGGCGCAGUGGUCGGGUGGCACGGACCCCGUCGUGCUGCUUGGCACGAGCCGUGGACGCAUGGUAUUUUGGGACGUACGGCACAUGCGCGAGAUCAACACGCUGAGCCAUCCUGCGGCGCACGGCUCGAUCGAGGCCCUGGCCUUGGAUCCACAGCGGCAUUGGGUGUGUGUGGGCACCUCGAAUGGGUACGUUGCCUUAUGGGAUACUCGCUUCCAUGUACGUCUCCAGACGUGGCGGACCAGCAACCACGCUCGCAUACGUGCGUGUGCAUUGCACCCCACUCGCCCGCAUGUCUUGACGGUAGCCACGUCUGCCGUCGUAUCGCUAGAUCUCGGCACAGGCGCCGUUCUCGAGACUUUCUACUCGCGAGAGUUUGGCGAGCAUGUCCCGAACAUCACGCUCGAGUCAUGUGCCGACGAGGCGCCAAGUGACACGUGUUGGGAUGGUUCGUAUGCUUUGUGUGUGGGUGCAGAUGGAUAUAUGAGCUCGCCGGCAGAGAGUCCGCGUGGAUGGAUCGUCACGGGCGGCAGUGACCGUGUCGUGCGGUUCUGGGACUUGGGACGGGCCGACACCUGCACAGCGUUCGGGUCCCAGAUCCAUGGCGAGUUUACCAUGACGCAUCAUCGGUACAUACAUACGUUUCAGUGUAUCGAAGCACCCCCGAAGCGCUCGCCGUUGCACAUUCACCAGCAGGUCAAGGACGCGAUGGGCACGCUGACCUCGCAUCAAGAUACCAUCACGGCACUUGCGGUGAUCGAAGCGCCGUACCGAUGUGUUGUCGCAGGCGAUCGCUCUGGCGUCCUGUGUGUAUGGGAGUAA